CGUCGCGCGCCGCCUCCAGAGCAGGGUCAGGGAGAGAGACGCCAACAUGGCCGAUGCAGAGGCGAGCGAGGUAACUUCUGGGGGCAUUUUUCAGGAGAUUUUCACAUCUCCGCUGAACAUGACCCUGCUCAGCCUCUGCCUCUUCCUCCUCUACAAAAUUUUCCGCGGGGACAAACCGGCGGAGCUCGGCGAGGUGGAGAAGCCGCUGCCCAAGCUGAAGCAGCGGGACUUCACCCUGGCCGACCUCAAGCCGUACGACGGACUGCAGAACCCGCGGAUCCUCAUGGCCGUUAACGGGAAAGUGUUCGACGUGACCCGGGGGAAGAAGUUCUACGGACCAGAGGGGCCGUACGGAGUGUUUGCAGGCCGAGAUGCGUCCCGAGGUCUGGCCACCUUCUGCCUGGAGAAGGAGGCCCUGAAAGACGAACACGACGACCUGUCGGACCUGAACGCGGCGCAGCGGGAGAGCCUGUCCGAGUGGGAGAGUCAGUUUACCUUCAAAUACGACUAUGUGGGAAAGCUGCUGAAGCCCGGAGAGGAGCCCACAGAGUACACCGACGAUGAAGAAGCAAAAGACAAGAAGGCAGACUAGAGAGCGCCGAGUGACCAAAAGGGAAACAGCGGAUGCCUUAAUGUUUUUAAUGUGUUGCCUUCUCUUAGAGCCACUGAGGAAAGAAACAAAACAAAAAAAAAAAAAACAAACAAUCUCCUUCAAUCUCUCUACACAUUCUCUCACUGUUGGACCAAUUCUGGAUGUUAAGUGUUGA